CUAUGUUCUCCCUUCUGCAUUUUACCCUCAAUUCAACAAUUCAACAAUUCCUCUAGAUAAUUCACAAUUUCCGCAACCAUGGUUUCCUCCGUCAUCCAGUUAAAGUGCAGCUGCAACGAGUACCCAUGGGGCCGCCAAGGCUCCCAGUCGGCCGCCGCCCGUCUUGCCUCCAAGACGCCGGGCACCGACUUCAAGCUCGACGAGAGCAAGCCCUACGCCGAAAUGUGGAUGGGCACCUACCCGGAGCUGCCCUCGUACGUCCUGGAAACUGGUGAAGACCUGCAGGACGUGUUGGACAAGCACCCCGAAGAGCUGCUCGGCAAGACCAACUUGCAAAAGUUCGGCCACACCAAGCUGCCCUACCUGCCCAAGGUUCUCUCUAUCGCGAAGGCCCUCCCGCUGCAGCUCCACCCGAACAAGGACCUCGCCUCGGAGCUGCACAAGAAGGACCCCUCCAACUUCACUGACCCCAACCACAAGCCCGAAAUCGCGCUCGCGCUCACCAAGUUUGAGGCAUUCUGCGGCUUCAAGCCGCUCGCGGACAUCGAGGAGCUGCUGAAGCUGGAGCCGCUCCAGCACUUCCUCCCAGUGAUCAAGAAAGCCAACUUCGACAACCAAGUCCUCAAAGCCGUAGUCAAGAACAUGCUCGAAGCAUCCGAAGACGACGUAAAGAAGACAGAGCAAGCACUAGCCAAGCUCCCCAAAGACGCCUUCGGCAAGCACGACAACAUCCCGGAGCUGCUGCCACGACUGCAAGACCAAUACGGCAAGACGGACCCGGGCAGCCUCGUCGCGCUCAUCACCAUGAACUUCCUGGUCCUGCAGCCCGGCGAGGCCAUCUACAUUCCGGCUGACGGCAUCCACGCCUACCUCGCCGGCGACAUCAUCGAGUGCAUGGCGCGCAGCAACAACGUGCUGAACUCGGGCUUCUGUCCGCGCGCCGAACGCAACUCCAUCGAUCUGUUCUGCGCGUCGCUGACGUUCACGCCGCACGGUGCGCAGGAGGCGCUGCUGCCCGCGAGGCCGUAUAAGGGCAGCAAGAGCGGCAAGACGCAGCUGUAUGCCCCGCCCAUGAGCGAGUUCAACAUGCUCGCUACGGAUGUGGAGGCGGGGCAGAGCGAGGGAUUGACGGCCGUCAAAGGCCCGAGCGUGCUGGUUUGCACAAAGGGUGUGGGCAAGCUGAAGGCGAAGGGCGAGAGCAAGGAUGUCAAGGAGGGGUACGUUUUCUUUGUGGGACAGGGCACCGAGCUCGAGUUUGAAGCCCAGGAGGACCUGCAGCUCUUUACGGCUUAUGUGGAGUAGAGGAUGGUUGUUUGGUGUGCAUUGCGCGGCGUGUGGGUGAGAGGUAGAUAAAAGCGUGGCACGACAUAAUGAUAAUGAGCUUAAUAUUAUGACAUUAACAGGC